AUGGGACUGCAGAUGGUGGAGCCUGUGAUGCAGACUGGAGUGCAGAUGGCGGAGCUUGUGAUGCAGACUGGACUGCAGAUGGUGGAGCUUGUGAUGCAGACUGGAGCACAGAUGGUGGAGCUUGUGAUGCAGACUGGAGCACAGAUGGUGGAGCUUGUGUGGCCACUCUACUAUAACCAGCUUGCCAUAAACAAGACUCCUAAAAGAAGUGUGGGGAUGGGCACGCCAGCAGGCUUCCCAGCAGCAGCAGUGUGGACAAUGGAUACUGACAUCAGUCCUAUGCACAUGCUCAGCUCUCCACAGUCCUUCACGCAGCAGGCGCUGCCUCUCUGCCAGCAAUGGCUGAACUCCAGUACUCUGGUGGUAGACUCAAUGGCAGUGCAGAUCCAAAACAUUAGCAGAAAUAAUGAGCAAGAAAAUGAUUAUGAAGAGGAUGUUACCACAUUUUCAACAUGUUCACCCUCCCCACAGUCCCCAGCAUUUCAUCACGAACUCAGGAAGACACACAGACAGAGCACAGACAUAUCAGAGGAACCUGAAAGGUCUGUGGACACGGAGGAGGAAGAACCAGGUGCUGAGUCAAGAUCCAGCUUGCCAGAGGUUGAGGGUGAAAGCUCUGAGAACCAGUAUGACGAUUUGUAUGUGUUCAUUCCUGGAAUUGAUGCAGAAAGCAACUCACAAGAGCCUCUUCCAUACUGCAGACCUCCUCCGCCUCCACCCCGAUCAGGGACUGCUGCCUCACAACUAGAAAGACCUCACUUCACCUCACAAGGGAAAAUGGUGGAAGACCAAAUGGAAAGAAGUCAAAACUGGAGUGAUCUCAGUGUGAGACAAGAGACAAGAGAGGAACCCAGCAAAGAAGAAAAGAGAGGAGAUGAAUCACAGAAAGAGGAGGAGGAAGAAAACCCAUAUGCAUUUGCCGAGACUGAUGAUAAUGAGUAUGAUCUGAUCCUGGCCAGUAAGAGCAUAAAGAAAAGAACUGGAAAUCACUCUUUCAUUAUAAACAGACCUCCUGCUCCCACCCCCCGACCCACUCAUAUUCCUUUCAAAGAAGAAACAACACCUUACAUAGCCCAAGUGUUCCAACAAAAGGCAGCCAGAAGACAAUCUGAUGAUGAUAAGUUCUACAGUCUCCCUAAGAAACCAGACAAAGCUUGGAUGGAGGGUCCAACCGUCUCUAGUGCAAAGGGUUAUCUGACCACUGGGCAGGAAGAACUGAUCCUUGGGCAGGAAGAACUGAUCCUCUUACAGGAAAAAGUCAAGAAUGGGAAAAUGUCUGUGGAUGAAGCUCUAGAGAAAUUUAAACGUUGGCAGAUGGGAAAGAGUAGUCUGGAAAUGAUUCAACAGGAAAAACUACGCCAACUACGAGACAACAUUAUUGGGAAAAGGCCAGAAGAUGAAAAUGCCUAUGAUAAACUCACCAUUGUGCACCAUCCAAGUGGUAAUAAUGCCCACAGUGAAAAUACAUUGUACAAUAAUCCCUUCAACAAUAAGUUUCCUGCUCGACUCCAAGUUGAAAAGGAAUUUGGUUUCUGCUGCAAGAAAGAUCACUAAAGAAGAGUAUUAUAAUUAAACUCAAGAAUCUGCAAACAUUUUGGUACCUGGACAAAACAAGACUGCUGGUAGAGUGCUUGCUCUCGGGACUAGUCCACAUGUAGAUGAACACAAAGUGUGCCUUUGAAUUCCAGGAUGUGUCAUCCACAAUUGAUUAGUGCUAUAUGGAGACUCUCAUUCUCAGAAAAUCCAUUCACUUUGCCACUGAAGCACCUAAUUUUCCCAUUUUGAAAAUUAAAGAAAAAAAUCAGCAGAGUUAAAUGCAGUCUGGCAAAAUUAUGGAACUAAACUAUAUAGAUUAUUCAUCCUACUCUUUGCCCCCUUCAAAUAAAAACUUAUUUUAUAUUUGCUUUUUAAAUGACAGCCCACUGCUGGCCUUUCUCACAUUCAAGAAUGUUCUUGUUGCAUUGUGUUUCCAGAUAGCUUCUUUGAUUUAGUGCCUAUUUGCAUGAACCUUUGAAAUGUACUUUAUUUACAUUUUCCUUAGUUGAUGUUUUGUUUCUCAGAGCUAACCAAACACUCUGCCACUGAGCCAUAUCUCCAGCCCUCUCCAUUGAUUUCUAAAGUCAUAUUAAUUUACCAGUGCACACUGGUAUUUCAGAACAUGCAUGCAUCACACAUUGGUUGUAUCCAUCCUGUCCCCUUCCAGAAGGCCCUUUUUCAUGCCUCUCCCCAAGU